AGUGACUUUGUCUCUAAAUUUUAUUUUUUAGUUUUUGUUUGUAGUUUGUACUUUGUGGGCUUGUGGCAAAAUAUAUUAUCAUCUCUUUGUUGAUACUUCUCUGUUGUUAAAUUAUUUGUAUUUUUGAUUUCCUAGUCAUUUACAAGUUAAAGAUUAAAUCUUGGAAAAUAACGGUUCUGACAAUAGAUCCUUUAUUAAUUUAUGUAAGGUCAUAGAACUAAUGUAAAUGUCUGUGUCAUUGUGUGUACUGCGAAUUGAAAUGGAUGAAGAGCAUCCAGAGAUGGGAGACAAUGCAACAGAAAUAGAGUUUGCUAAAGAACAAAAGAAAAAAGAUCGUGGAGCUCGCGAAUCUAAAACAAUCACAGUUGAAACCUAUGCAAGCAUCCUUAGUGGCCCAAAUUCAGUAUCUGGAAUACUGCCGACGAGCUCACGUCGGGCUACCACUGAGGGAAGUGUUUCCGAUGAAAAUGAUGUCAUAAGCUUUUUUUGUGGCAAUCCACUGGUUGAAGUCACUAAAGGAGUCCUACAUUUAUAUAAAGAAAAUGAACUAAAAGAAGCUGAAGAAGCAAAAACAUUAUGCCUUCUAUCAGUUCCGGGAGCUCUCGGUGCUCCUGACUUGCUGGCUUUUGCUGCUGCCUGUCAACAAGACAUUGCACAUGUGCGUGUACUUCGAGAUGGUUCACCUGAUCACUAUAUGGCACUCCUUACUUUUCGCACAAGUGCUGCUGCUCGAGAAUUCCACUCCGCUUUUGAUGGUGUGCCAUACAGUAGCUUAGAGCCUGCAGCCCUGUGCCACACGGCUUGGGUCUCACGGGUUGAGUAUGCACGUGAUGGAGCACCCCCACCGACACAUACCGAGUUGCCUACUUGCCCUGUCUGCCUAGAGCGUAUGGACGAGAGCGUAGCGGGCGUCCUAAGCGUACAAUGCGCUCACUCGUUCCACGCAGAAUGCCUCAUGGGGUGGCGGGACGCUCGCUGCCCGGUCUGCCGAUGCGCUCAGACGCCGGAGCCCCGGGACUGCGCCAAGUGCCUCGCCUGCGAGUCCUUGGCCGCCCAAGAGGGCGAGACCGAAGAAAUAGGUGAGCCCCGCGACACGCCCUGCGGAGUGGCCGAAGGGAUGCUCGAAGUGGAGGCCGGUACAAUGUGGAUCUGCCUCAUUUGUGGUCACGUGGGUUGUGGACGGUACGAGAAAGGUCACGCCGCCAAGCACUUCAUGUUAUCCAACCACACAUACGCCCUGCAGCUCGGUUCAAACCGCGUGUGGGACUAUGCAGGUGACAACUUCGUCCACCGCCUGGUGCAAAACAAGGCAGACGGCAAACUGGUCGCCGCAGAGGGCCGCACCUCGGACCCCGAACCUGCCUGUGGAGACAAGCUGGAGUUCACCUAUCUGCUCACUCAUCACUUGGACACGCAGAGGAUCCAUUACGAAGAGAGAAUCGCUAAGCUAGAACGGACUCACGAAGAAGAACGAGAAUCGUGGCGCGUGCGGUGCGAGAGCGCCGAAGCGGAGAGCGCCGCCCUCCGCGACCGCGCCAAAGCCAACGCCGCCGAGAAUAAGGCUCUCACGCACAAAGUCACGGCUCUCAACAACAAAGUGUCGAAGCUACAGUCGGAGCUGUCGGAGGAGCGAGGCUUGGCCACGGCGUUGGCGGGAAGCCAAGCCCAGUGGCAGGAGAGGGCCAGGGCGAAGGACGAAGCCUUCCGCAGAGAGAUCGAUGAGCUGAAGGAGCAACUCCGCGACGUAAUGUUCUUCGUGGAGGCUCGAGGCACACUUCAGAACACCGAUCAGGCCUCGCAGCAGGAGAUCCAAGAAGCCAGCGUCACCGUUCAACCGCCGAAGCAGAAGGCCCGAAGGAAGAAGCGAUAACGGCUCGAUCUAGUCACUCACACUCUGUAGAAUUUCGUAUAUUCCCUCUUUAGAAAUUCAUUGAAAUAAAGAGAUGCUGCCGAUAUUUGCCUUAAAUGAGUAAUUUUUAAUCACUUUGUAUAUGAUAUAUAGUCCCUCUGUCGGAACGUGGGCCAUGACGUUAAAUAAUAGGAAUUUGACUUAAACCAAAAUUAACAUUCACAAAAAUAUUGUAAAACACUGUUUAACACUAGUAAAGUCAUCGUUCCAAGUCAAGAGAGUUCGAAGUGAUAAUAAAAGUAACUUUCGUCGCUAUAGACGUUUAACCUCAAAUUACUGAUAAAAGGAUUUUAAAACAUUGUUAAUAGUAGAGUGUAUAUUUUAAGUAAAAAAUUAAUGUUUUUCUGUGAUAAAUUAAAAGAUAAGCUAAUAUUGUAUAAGGAGUAAUAAAAUAUUUUUAAAAAAUUUCAUUAUUUUAACAAUCAGCCCGUUUCCUAAUAUUGUUUAAACCCACAGUGUUCUAUUUACCAUAAAUACUUUUUUCAUAUUUAGACACGAGUUAUCUUAAUGUAUUCAAAUGCAUAUAGGACAGCAAAUUAUCAUUACGCAUAUAAGAGACUUAAAAUCCUUUUAAGUUUCAUUCUUACACUCGCCUUACAAUGGUUUUAAAAUCGAUGUUUUUAUUUAUUGUUUUCGCAAUCUUUUUAAAUGCUUAUGGAGAUACAAAUUUUGGUUUUAAAGUACCGACUAUGCGUAAGGUGCAUAAAAACUUUGGUAUCGAAAAUCUAGGUGUACCAAUUAAUUUUGGGUCGCGAAAUAACCUGACUUUACGUGAUUAUAUAAGAGAAAACAUCUUUUUCCCAGAUGGAAAUAGUUUGGAUAGUCGUCGAGUUAAGAGACAGCUUCCCGGAUUGGAAGGGAAUCAAGUAAUGAUGGGGACUUUUCAAGCUAUUAUGAGACCGCUUGGAAAUAACAUUGGCGGUUUGGAAAAUGAACAGACACACGCCAACAACGAAACUAUACUUUAAUCCAUGUGUCUAUUGCAUUAUAUGAUUAUAUCAAAAACACCCUUC